CUCCUUACGAGAGAGGGUGGUAAACCUGCGUGAAGCCGUAGUCGGGGCUUUUAUAUAAGCAGAUUCCGCUCACUCUCUUCUAUUUAUUGCGUACGACUCGUCUUUUGACAUUUUCACCUGAAAGCUGCCAUAUCUAGGUCUCGACGCGCCCUCUGCGCGAAAGUUCACUGCUGAGAAUUGGCCCUCACCACGCGCCUUUUCACGUGCCCCUCACCUCCAUGGGGUAUUCACUAGACGCCGCCCUCCCUCUUUAGUAGUCCCAUCUCUAUUAAUCACUGUACAUUCCCCCUCCCCUCUUCUCUCUCGCUCUCCUCUAUAUCACCCAUCUGCACUGCCAUGGACCGGUCGCGAAUCACACCGGGCUCGCUAUCGACUACACCCCAGAAGCACAAACGUGGAGGACUCGAGGAUCUCCUCGCGAAGUUUGGAUCGCGAUCCUCGGCAACAUCCGUCACAAAAGCCAGGAAACUCUCCGCCGUUGUCCCAAACCAGCACACUCCAACCCCAACAGUGACUGAAGGCAGGAGCAAACGUGAGUUCACACCAGACACGCCCUACCUCACCACUGCUCCGACUCCAAAGAUGGGAUCAUUACUCAGCGUCCCCGCUCUCUCUGACACCUCCGCCAAAAAAUUGUGCUCACCGUCGUCCCCCCAAUCAAGCGGAGACGAGCUCGCUAAAACUCCUAUCAUCGCAACCAGGCCAGCUACGAGAAUUCGGACACUGCCGCCUAACGAACUCAAGAUGGAGCGUAGGAAAUGGGGCAGGGACGAGCAGCCGCGGAGGAGCAGCAGACGCCAAAGGGCGGGCACCAUUCUCCAGUCUGAUACUGUCAAUGAUGACGAGGAUGACGAACUUCAGUACAAAGAAAUUAAGCCCAAGGCGCCUCUGCGCAUGAAGUUAGAUACGGCCCGUAAUAGGUUGCGAGACGAUAUUGCCCUGCAGUCUAAGGCAAAGGCAAACAACUUCUUCAUCGCCAAUAAGCGGUUCUUCUUGCCUCUUCUCCCGCAAAAUAACUAUAUUUCCAAACUUGCCUCAAAAUCUGGUGUUGACGCUUCCAUUGUUGAAUACAAAGAAUUAACCGAGCAGCCGAAAGGGGUAACAGCGACCAUGAAGCCAUACCAAUUGGCUGGCCUGUCAUUCCUUGUGCACCUCUACAACAACGGCUUCUCGGGUAUUCUCGGCGAUGAGAUGGGGUUAGGCAAAACCCUACAGACCCUUUCCCUCUUCCAAUAUCUAGAAGAGCAAGACAAGAAGUCUCGGGUGUCUUCCGAAGAACUUCGACCUUAUCUCGUCGUCUGCCCACUGAGCGUCUUGAACUCCUGGGUGAAUGAAGCACAGAAAUGGGUUCCAGGUCUCAAGGUCCUUCGUAUGCACGGCACCGUCAAAGAGCGAAACCGGCUCAAGCGGGUCGCUCUGGGCGCCGAGGACAUGUACAGACACGAGACAUCCCAUUCCAAAAAUCGAAGAGCCUCUAGAAAAGCUGGUCGUGGCGUUGCAAAACCAAAGAAUCCAGGCGCAAAGUCCUACAAGAUCAUUGUCACCACCUACGAAGUCUUUCAGGCGGAGGCAUCUUGGUUCAGGCAAGCCUUCAUUUGGCGCUAUGCCGUCCUGGAUGAAGGCCAUAAAAUCAAGAACAGCGUGACGCAGAUUUCCACGGCGUUGAAGGGCGUCAGUGCAGAGUACCGACUGAUUCUCACGGGCACUCCUCUCCAGAACAAUCUUGUGGAGAUGUGGGCUCUCCUUGCGUGGCUCUACCCGGACGUGUUCACGGCAUCGACGGAGAUAUUAUUUAAAGAAUCUUUCGAUCUCACCCGAGGCAAAGUGAACCAACAGACCAUGGAUGAUGCGCGCCACUUGCUCGAACUCAUCAUGCUCCGUCGCAUGAAGAACAGCCCCGGCGUCAACUUGGGCUUGCCGCCAAAAGAGGAGGUGCUGCUGUACGUGCCUCUCACGCCGAUGCAGCGAUUUUGGUACACACGUCUGCUCACACGUGUCGGUGACGCUAUUCUCGAUGAGCUAUUCACUAAUAUUCAGAGAAAAGAGCAAGACGCCAUCCGGAAGGAGAAACAUGAAGACGAGCUCUGGAAUAAGAUGGAGGAAUUGGAGAAGCAAGCUGAGUCGGGCGAAAAGCUACGUGAAUGGGAAGAGACGGUCGCCAUCAUGAAGCAGGCGUUGGUACAAGAGCAGUCCGACACCAGUAAUCGAGGCGCUUGGCAGAAGCUUAUGAACCUUAUCAUGCAGCUUCGUAAGUGCUGCUCUCAUCCCUACUUGCUACCUAACGCUGCCCCGGAGCCGUACUAUCUCGGAGACCACGUCAUUCGCGCUUCCGGUAAGUUUAUCCUCUUGGAGAAAUUGCUCAGGGACACCAUCUUCAACAAGGGAAAGAAAGUUUUGAUUUUCUCUGGAUUUGUCCGGACUCUUGAUUGCUGUGAAGACCUAUUGGCUCUCAUUGGGGAGCGUGGGAAAGUGUUUAAGUACCUUCGGCUUGAUGGCAGUACCGCACGAGCUCGACGAAACCUGGACAUCCGCAUGUUCAACAACUCAGAUUCGGAGUACAAGGUUAUGCUUCUGUCCACCCGAGCUGGUGGUUUGGGAAUCAAUCUGACCAGCGCCGAGGAUGUCAUUUUCCUCGAUGAGGAUUGGAACCCUCAAAUCACGCUGCAGGCUGAAGCCAGGGCUCACAGGAUUGGCCAGACAAAGAAAGUCACAAUCUACAAGCUCUGUACGCAAGGAACAGUUGAAGAGCAAAUGAUGGGCCGUAUUCGAAAGAAACUGUACCUAUCAGCUAAGAUCACGGAAUCUAUGCGCAGCAUCCACGGUGAGCAAACGUCUACUAAGGGUAAAGGACGUAUGGCGAAUGGAGACGAUCUACCCCAAAUGGACACAACGCAGCUCAAAUCACUGGUCCGGCGGGGAGCUCAGACACUGUCGCACCCUGAGAUCGAUGCCACAGAGAUGUUGUCGUGGGAUCUAGAAACCAUGCUCCAAAAGUGUCGUGACAAGCCCUCAGAUCCACAAGCCAACCCUGAGGCCUCAGCUUCAGAACUCGAUGAAGAGAAAUGGCUCUCAGCCAUGGAACGUGUAGAAUGCGCUAUUUUCGAUGGCAAACGGUAUCAAUACGAAUGCAACGACUACUUCGGCACUUCCUCAGCGAACAUCCUCCCGACCGAAAUCACGCGCGAGGACAGACGCAAAGGCAAGAAUACGACCGUCAUGAUCGACGGGUUCGCUAUCAACAAAGAGUCACUCAACUGCAACAACUGGGAAGCCGUUCCAAUCUUCGCUGGUAAAGACCCCCGACUCGCAGACGUUAAGCGCGAAAAGCGACCCAAGAUUGUCCACGAGAAGCAUUGUCUAAUCUGCUAUGAAGAACCGAAUGGCAAGAACGACGAACUCAUCCCAUGCAAAGGCUGCCCACGAUCCUACCACCACGAUUGCCUCGAAAAAGACUUCCAAACCAAAGUCCAGAGCUGGAAUGGUUUCUACUGCCCACAACACGAGUGCUUAGAUUGCGGGAAGAAGACUUCGGAUGCAGGCGGUUUGAUCUAUCGCUGUCGUUGGUGCAAAGACGGGUAUUGCGAAGACUGCCUGGAUUGCGGUAAAGAAGAACUUAUCGGAGAAAACUUACCUGAGUUUGAGAUGCUGGGGGAGGGACCAUCUAGUCAGGGGUUUUACAUCAAGUGCCCGAAUUGCGUAGAGUAUGCGCAAACGGACAGGAAGGGUAGAGAGUGGAUGGAGAGUAUGGAGCAGAGCUAUCAAGAGCAAUAUGAAGAGCAUGUGAAGCAGCGGGAGGAGGAGCAUCGUGCGUAUGAGAAAGAACAGGAUGAGCGCGAGAAGAAGAAAGAAGAACAGGCCAAGGUUGGUAUGAAUCUCCCACCGCAACAAGAGCGGCUACAGCCAGCGCAAUAUUCAUGGCAGAACGGUCGCUUCUCCCCAAUCGCCGACGACGAUGUAGACUCCCCGCCUGCAAUGACAGACACCAGUUUCCUGACCCCAGCACCUGGUGAGUCCGGCGUAUCGACUCCAAUGUUCCCACAAUCUAGCACGAAUGUGUCUAGUCUUAUUCCGAGCGCCAUGAACCUCGAUGCGAGCAAGAAGCGACCGCUGGGCGAAAAUGCGGAUAUGGCUGCGGGUGCAAGUUUCGGUCCCGCGAAGAGGAUGAAGAUGUAUGGAGGAGGUGAUGUCGGCGAUGUUGAGAAGAAGAUCUGGAAUAUAGAGGAUGAUCCGUUGUUAGCUGCGUUUGGGGACGAGGGAUCAUUGUCUUGAAUCGCAAACCCAAAUCAUCUUAGAUGGGUUGGGCGUCAUGGUGGAGCAUGAACAAUGAACGGGCAAGGUGAGGGAAGAGAAACGUGUUGGCGACCAU